AUCCCAUGGUGCCGUGCGCGGAUUGUUAUCGGAAGUGUCGAGCGGGCAAAACGGAGGUGAUUCCUCGGCCGGGGAGCUGAGCUUUCCCGGCGGUUUUAUCCUCACAUUUACGGUGAUCUCCGGCUCUGAGUCCCCCGGAAGUGUGCUGUGAUACGAGGGAAUUUGGAACUCGCCGAAAAUUGGGCGUGGGGCGGUGAAUCACACGCAGAAGCGUAUUGUAUAACCGUAGACGAGAGGGGUUGCUGUAACAGUGUAAGGAAAACCGUGUUCACGUUUGUCGUGCAAAAUCGUGCCCUUGGAAAGAGUCCAACUACCUUUGCUGAUAUCCACGGAAGGUAUCUUCAUCCCUCAUUUCCUACAACAGGUCUGAAGUUCAUGGCAGGAAGUGAAUAGAACUAAAGAGAGACAACAACAUCAUAGGGAUUAGAUAUAGAGAUGACCUGAUGAGGAGUCCUGUUCCUGUGAAGAACACUGUAGCUCCAUCAACUGCUCAACACACAUCAACAGGACCGCUUUAGCCAACAUGUGACUUCCCAAAAGAGUUCCCUCCCUGAUGAAUUCUAGAUGGAGCAGCAUGAACUGUGAAGUGAAUUCUGUGGAACUGCCUGCCUUGAAUUCUGUGCAACUAUUUUGUAACUAGAAAACAGCGAGAUGGAGAUGAAGGUGUGGGUUGAGGGUAUCCAGCGUGUGGUGUGCGGCGUGACAGAGAAAACCACCUGCCAGGAAAUCGUCAUCGCCCUCGCUCAGGCCACGGGGAAAACCGGACGUUUCACGCUGGUGGAAAAAUGGCGGGACAUGGAGCGCCUCGUUCCACCCACGGAGGCGCCGUUCAAAAAUGUUGCAAAGUGGGGCCAGUAUGCAAAUGACGUCACUUACUUCCUGCGUAAGUCGGGAAGCACAAAGAAGCGUCCCUCGUCGGCAAAACCCGCCCCGCCAGAAAGAACGUUCUUACGACAGAGCCUUCCUCCAAAGGCUGUGUCUAAAGAGGGAUUUGCCAACCAACGAAAGGAGCCUCUGAGAAAGUCACUGAACUCACAGGUAAGUGCCAAAGCUGAGUUUGAGGCAAAAGAGUUUCAAGAAAAGGUGACCCAUCAUCCAGACAGGUCGUACGAUGACCUGAUGAAGAUCGUGCGCUUCCAACAGGACAAGUUGAACUUUCAGAAGUGUCAGCUGACCAAGCUAGACUCUGAAAUUCGAGACUACGAGCUAAUGGAGGAGACGGUGUCCAGCAACCAAAGCCAGGAACUCGGCAGACUCGAAUCUCUCGGGAAGGAGUAUGAGAGACAGCUCCAGUCCCUGGAAAUAGUGGAGAUGGAACUGGCCAGGGAGCUCGCAGAACGGGACAGACUGCAGACAGACAUCACCAGAGUUCAGUCGCAGAUUGCCGACACGGAGAAACAGCUGCAGCAGUUCUUAGCAAAGGUGGACAAGCUGAUGCAGGAAAUAGACCAGGAGAAGGAGAAGCAAAAAAUCAGUAAUGAAAGUGCCAAAGAGCAGGAGCAGCAGCUGAGCGCAGAGAUCCAGGACCUGAAGAAGGAGAUUGCCCAGCAGCUGGAGGAGCACACCCGCUACACCCAGGAACUCUCCCAGGUGGAGGAGCAAAUCAAAGAUGUGGAAAAUGAGAUAAACCAGAAGAACAAGGACCUGGAGGUUUUGGGGAAGGAACUGAAGGAUGUGAACUUCCAGGACUUUGUGAAGACUACAGGGUACAUAGUGGAGGUGCCCCCAACAGCAACUAAUGGAGAUUCACCACCAAUAGCAGAUGUAGAUGUGCCAAACAAAACUACACCGACACAAGACCCCAAGACACAGGACACGAAGACAGUUCUGGUGACAUCACGGCCCAACAGUGCCAGGAAGAUCCUGAACCCCCGGGAACUCCAGUCUGCUGUACCUACCACAAGAAACCCAGAGGGGAUAUGGGUGUAGGAGGAGAGGGGUCAGGGUAGAAGGAAUGGCAUUCACAGACUGUGUAUCCCCAGGAAGAGAAACAGGGUCCAAAUACAGGUGUAUAUCUCUGGAGUAGGUUUAACUUUAAGCACUCUGUCAUCCAAGUCUGUUUAAAUGAGGUUGAUAUGAAUAUAAUACUUGCUGUUGUACAACAGUAAUGUGCUGCAAUUACAUGUAGUGUACAAAGUGAAAGUUCACAAAAUGUAGUCUUUCUCACUGAGACAUGAGAACCAUGAGAUACUGGUAUAUGCUGUUACUGAGAAGUACUGCCCUCUAGUGAUGUACAUGUGAACUACAACUAGAUACAACAUACAUGUAUCUUCUUUUUGUUCAUUCUUCUUCCAGGGAAAAUUAAAUUGAGUCAGUGUCUCUCUUCAGACUUCAGCGUCAUAUACAUGUGUACUUAAUUUUGACAUGUUUGGUUUCCUGCCAAUAUGUUGUAUCAAACAGAUCAUCCACUGAGACUACUGCCACAGGAAAAUAUUGACAAUAGGUACAUUUUUUGUAACAACUUCAUAUUGGAAAGAUUACACGUCUUGUAUGCACUUCUAGCUAUCUGUAUCCUUGUACUUAAGUAAAAUCCAAUCAAUUUUAUAUGUUUUGUACUUAAUAAGUCGCUGUAUCAAGCACAAUUGCUGAUACUGCAUGCUCAUUAUCAUAAUUUAUGUAUCAAAUACUUUGUAAUCCUUGUACAUUUGUAAUAAUGUCAUGUUCAAUACGCUGUUUUAUAUGCCUGUAAUUUUUGUAUAGAAAAUUUGUACAGUUUUUUUCUGUCUUGGUGGUUGUUGUACCAUAAAUGAUGUAAGGCCCAACAGCUACCUAAGUUAUGCAUGUCUACAUUGUAGUAAGCCUAAAGAGUGCAAGAUACACAAUAGACUCAUAACUCAUGACUGUGUCACUGUUUUCCAUGAUGCUGUGACAAUUGUGAAUGCAGACAUGUAUGUACAAUGUAAUCAACCUACAUGUAUGGACACACCAUGAGAACUGAAGGGAGUGUAUUACAAUACUAAUCAUGUGUAGCAUUGACCUGCUCAUCUGCUGACUCCUAUUUGGAGUAGUCUCAUAUUCCCAGUCAUGUGGAAAUAACAUCAUGUAGAUUUUUUUAGCUAUGCAGAAAAAGGAGUAUGUCACUGUUUGUUGCCCAUAUAGUGCAGAACCUUAUGUUGUUUUCUUAUUGAACAGUUUCCAUGACAGACAGGUAUAGCAUUCUUCUUAAAAAUGUGGCUAGAUUUUGAAGUGAGGUGUGGUCCCCCUAUAUAAUAUACAACGUAAUAGAGCCAGCGAUACCAAAUUCACUUAAUCAGCUUUAUCAUCAUCUAAUCUUGACAGGUUUAGUUUAACUAAAAAGCCAUUGUUAGUACUUAUAUUCUGUUACACACAUGUAAGACUUCAAAAAGGUUUUCUUUUUCUUUCCAUGUACAUGCAUUGUAUCAGUAAUUGUGGUAUUUACUUAGUAAUCAGUUUCAUGUAUCCAUUGUCUAGUUUUGAUUAUGCUUAACAAAGAUACAUAUGAUACACACUGUACACACAUAUUCAAAAUCAUAUAUAGACAUAUUUAACUUCACCUACUUAAACUUGUUUCAGUGUGUGGACUUCCAGUAUUAUGUGCAGUCUGAAUCUGCAUGCUGUAGUCAAAAUACCAAAUCAAAUGCUGAAAUUGAAAUGUUUGUAGGAAAGGCUUUUUGGUGUGUAAUGUUGCUUGGUCUCUUACUUUACACCUGAUGCAGAUAUACAUGUUGAUCAUACUUUCAAUGUUGCAGCACCCAUGAUUGAAGGCUGUCCAGAAAACUUGAUAAUGAUGUAUCAUAUACAUCCAGGGGUUCAUAUCUUCUUUCAGCAGGACUAUAUUCCAUACUCAGAAGUAUUACUUGCUGACAGACACAAAAUCUCCUUUGUUUUUGAGGUUAAAAGCUGAAAUACUGACAUGGACGUAUAAUUCUUAUGUGGAAUGUAAACCAUAUAGCUACAUGUAUGCAAACACAUAUUCCCUGCAUAUUUUCAAUGCUCAGAUAUUGGUUGUAUUUUUACAAUUUGUAAAGUUUGGGGUGAGACAUAUUGGCCAUUCAAAGUGUGUGGUAACUAUUCUACCAGGCAACAUGUUGAAAACUGAAGAUAGGUGAAAAAUGUAAUUCGAAAUGUGCCAAAAAAUGUAGCCCAGUCAUACAUAUCACAUCACUACCAUGCUGUCUUGCAAUAAAAACUUGAAA